CCGGGGGGCGCUUUAUCCGCACGGGAGAGCGUUUGUGCAACACUGAAACUCUUCCCCUGGUGGUUUUAGGAAACAGCAGAGAGAGGCUGCUGGUGGCUGGUGGUCAUAAUGUCGGGCAGAAAGCCCCGGUCUGUGGCAAACCCUCUGGAGUCUGCGAUCACUACGCCGAGUGAGAAGAUACUGAAAGAAUGCCACAGUUUAUAUGUCGACAGCGAAAACGGCCUGGUGAAGAUUGCCAGCAGUCUUGGAGUCCGGCUCCUGCCUCCCAGAAAGAAGAUUAUAGUGAUGAUAAUGGGUAACCACUCUGCAGGGAAGAGCUCCUUCAUUAACUGGUAUGUUGAGGAGCACAUACAGAAAGCAGGCGUCGCCAUUGAAACACAGGGGUUCACGUUCAUCACAAGUGGUCGCAAAAGAGAAUCACUGACGGGGAAUGCAACGCUACAUCUCUACCCUCACUUUCGACCACUCCUUGAGUUCAACGGUGUUAUGGACUAUCUGUCUGCUGAGAUCUCCACCUCCAAGCAGAAAAAGUUCAGUCUGGUGACAUUUGUGGACACACCGGGUUUGGUGGACGGGGACAUGGUCUACCCUUUUAAUGUCAACAGUGCCAUCACCUGGUUGGGAGAACAGGCUGACCUGGUAUUUGUGUUCUUCGACCCGAUGGGCCAGGCACUCUGCAAACGCACGCUCAACAUCGUGGAGAAGCUGAGUGAGAAAUGUGGAGACAAGCUGAUGUUCUACCUCAGCAAAGCAGAUGAAGCCGGGAAGGAAACGGACAGACAGAGGGUGAUGAUGCAGAUAGUCCAGGAACUGUGUCGCCGUCCAGGUCUCAACAAAUGUGGUUUUGAGAUGCCUACAAUAUACAUCCCCAACCCACAGAGGCCGAGCCGGUGUGUGAACCAGAUUGAUGGGGUGUGUCAGACCAUCGAGAAGACCAUCAACCAGGCCGUUCAGAAGACUUUGGAUCAGCUGGAGAAAGACUGUGACCUUAUUUGUUCCACCAUCAGCAGCAGACUAGAGCAGGACAGGGCUUAUGUGACUCACAACAAAAGCAUCCGUCUUCACUCGUUCUUGUGUGGAGCUCUUGGUAGUGUCCUUCCUACCCUCUUCAUCCUCAGUUUUAUUGUGAACACCUUCUCCAAGGAGCAGCUGGACGAGCUGUUGGGCCAAGGGCCGGCUCGGACCGUCUCCAUUUUCACAGGAAUAGUGAUGUAUUUAUGGGACUGGAUACCAGAGGAUGGACAAGUGGUGUUUGUGAUCAUUUUUGGAGCUUUUUGCUACCUCCUGCUUUUCCUAGCAAAGUAUUUUGCAGGCCGAGGGAAUAAGACUCUGACGAAGAAGGAGAAGAGGGUGAUGACAGAGUACAGUGAUUAUAUCCAGGAUAUCGUCAAAAAUAAGAAGGGGAAAUUGUAUGAAUGGUACCUCCAGCAGUGUGCAGCAGAAUAUGACUUCUGACCCUGGGUGAGAUGAAGACAGUUGGCACACAUGUUGGCAUAUUGCUUCAAGAGUUUUGUGAAAAGCGGCUCAUCAGCCACAGUGCAUAAUUUGGUGUUUAUAGUGGAAUCAGUGGGACUUUCUAAACAGAUGAUCAUCCACCAAACGAUCAGGUUUUUCUCUUCUCAGUCGGACAGGUGUAACCUCUGAUGCAGCAGAGAUCACUGCCAAUAUUUAUUAUCUCAAGAUUGAAAAUGUAAAAAAGUGCCUUUAUUAGUCAGUACAGGAGAAGCUGUCAUUGUAUUCAUUUGAUGAAAACAACUUUCAUAAUGUGAAUAGAUUUUUUUUUAUUUUUGUAGUACAUAAGUGUCAAUGCUAGAAAGAAGUGUUUACAAAUGGACUUUUUCUUAAUUUCAUCAUGAGUAACUUGCAGCUGCUGUCUGCCAGAAGAAAUGUUUUUACAAUGUCCUCUGUAAAGCCUGAUCUCAUGUAGCCGUGGUCCCCAGAUCUCACUGCACCGUCCUGAAGUAUGUUGUCUUUAUAAGAUACCAGAAUGUCCUACACUUGUGUUUGCAUUCUGACCGUUAGCAAUAUUACAAUAACCAAUGCUGUGAUAACACUUGAGCAUUAUAGUCGGACAUUUUAUCAGAUAUUUUCAUACCAAUAAGAGCUGCAAGCUAUCUCCUGCCUCCAAAGAGUCUCUGUCGUACUAUUAGACGUUUUGUUGUGUGAUUUGUUCAACCAUCAGAUGUGUUUAUAGAUAAAUCAUUGUCAUGUAAUAGUAGUUACGUAAACCACAGUGAAGACUUGUGAUUUAAGUACUUUAAUACAACAGCAUAGUAAAACUGUGCUGUUGUAUGCAGUGUGCAGUGAAGUCUGAAAUGCACUGAUGUGUACCUCCUAGUUGUUAAUGGGUUCUUCAUGUUGUUCAUAGAUCCCUGUAACUCAAAUCUAGUUUUAUGACUAUAACAUCAUGUAAUGCCUCCACUCCAGUGUUUGUAGAUAUAUUUAUUAGUCUAUGAGGUGCUUUUUAGCCAAAUAAUGUAGAAAAACCUCUACAAGCUGUCUGGAAUAUUAUUGUGAACACUUUCAGUUUGUAUUGUGUUUGUUAGAUGCCUCCCAGGUGUCCUCCUCAUUAGGGAAAAUCUGUUUGACGAGAUAUUUCAUUCAGAAAUUUGUGAAACUCAUGUGUGAAUUUAUCUUUUCUGUGUAAUUUUUAUUGUUUGAAACCUAGACUCAACUGACUUGCCUAGAAAUGUUUUUUAGCAAUGCCGACUCAAAGAAUGAAACUUAUCAUAAAGCUGCAAACUAUGCUCUGUCACUUCUUCAAAAAUUAUUAAACGUUUUCUACUGACUCUA